UUCCUCCGAAUACGGAAGAAAACGCAUUCAAGAUCGUGAACGAGGCUAAUGGAUGGUGCAAAUAACCUGCGUUUUCUAAUAAGAUUUGACGUCUUUUAAAGUUAAACUUGCCGCCAGAAUGCCAACUGAAAUGAAAUGGGAUGCUCAGAAAUUCUCUAGCAAUUUCAGCAACAGGCGUGGACUGAUAGAGAAUGCACUAAUGGAAUACCCUCUGAAUUGGAAGAGUGGGGACUGUAUCAUUGACAUUGGCAGUGGGACAGGAGAUGUCACCAAGCACCUGUUAUUAAAUUUAAGUCCUUAUAUUUCUGAGGUAGUGGGUGUAGACUGUUCCCAGGACAUGGUUCAGUUUGCUACAGAAAACAGUGGUGACCCAAGAAUUUCUUAUGCUGUGGCUAACAUUGCUGAAAAGUCCACUUUAAAACCAGAAUGGAUAUCCAGGUUUGACAAGCUGUUUUCAUUCUAUACCAUGCACUGGAUCAGAGACCAAGUCCAAACCUUGAGAAAUAUGAACUCUAUCCUCAAAGUGGGUGCAGAGAUCUUUCUGUUUUUCACAGCCUCUCACUACAAAGAACUGCAAUAUGCUUCAACAAAAAUCACAUUGGAUCCAGAGUGGAAAGAAUAUUUUAUGAAUUUUGACCCUCAAAUACUGUACCUGAACCCUUCAUGGCAAGCAGAAAAUCUGUGGUGGAGUAGCAGUGAUCAAGCUAAGGGCUAUGCUGACAUAGUACAACAAUGUGGCUUUGAUGUGGUGAAGGCUAAUGUACACCCUGUAUGUACACAAUAUGGGUCAGAGGAAAGACUAAAAGAAGUUCUGUCUGGUUGGAUUCCUCACAUGGCAUCUGUGCCUAAGGAAAAAAAGGCAUCUUUCAUGAACAGAUUUUUUCAAUACUUGAAGGAAGCAGGACUUCAAACUGAAUGGAAAAACCUCAUUUUAUGUGUUCAUGCAAUUAAGAUUUCAGAAGUAAGUUAAUGCCAGAUAAAAAUGCACAGUGUUUUAUUAUACUCAAAUGCAUUGUGUGAUAUUUGUUUUCAACCAUUUUUUGUUCAUCUUGACAGUAAGGGGCCAUCUCGAAAGAUCACAAUUGAUGCAAAUUUAGAUUUUUAAGACCAGUAUCAGACUCCUACUAACACACAUUCUUAUUUGUGAAAACAGUCUGAAAAUUCUAUACAAAAAUGAUAAACCUGUUCUUUGUACAAGUUUUCAGUUCUUCCCAUUAAAUACAUGUUAGGUUACGUAUAUAUACUUAAGCUAAAUAAAAAUGGGAUUCCUAAAGUUGAGUGCAUGGAGGUGUGCUGUCAUUUUUGAGAGGGAAAAGGGAUUUUUGGUUGCUCCUUACAAUACACUGAUUAAGAUUGCAGCUGCAUUUCUUGCCUCUUUUAUUACUAUUUACACUACUGGCACGUUUUCUCAACUAGAUGUGUAGUAAUGACCUUAAUGCUGCAGUAGUCAGGAUUUGGUACCAGAAACUGUUUUUAUUUUAUUUUCCUUACAUAGCCCAGUUUAAACGUAACGGUGGCUUGAUGUCACCAUAUUUCUAUUGUUAGUUUCCAUGACAUUAGUUUCCAUGAUUUUUGUAGAAUUCAUUAACCAGCAUUGACAGGUAUGGUUUUAUUUAGACAAAACUGAUAUACAUGUUAUACAGGAGUCUCAAUAUUUAAAGAGUGCCUUAGAGCAUUUUGCAUCAUUUUAUAGAAUUAAAAUUUGCAGAAAUGUUUCGAUUUUUCAGAUGGCUCCCUGUACAUCACGUUCACAUAUUGAAAUACUAUCUAUGCAACUUGCAUCAGUAAACUCAUUUAUAAUUGUCAGGUACUAUAUUUUAACGAGCAUUAAAUCAAUAUUCUUAAAUGCAUUAAUUUGGUUUUGAUUUUCUAUUAUCAUAAUUAAGAUGG